UGUUGGCUUUCUUCGUUCAUGUAUGAAAGAAGUUCCUGAAAAUGCGCCGUCUAACAAAUCUGAUUUUAUUACUCAUUUUUAUCAGUACAAUACAGUGCGGGGACAUUUGCUCAAUGGAAGAAAAAAAGUCGUGCGGUGAAUCUUCCAGUGAGAAUAAAUAUUUAAAAGCUUACAAUGAGAAGUAUGAAAAAUUUUAUAAGGCAAUUGAAGAUGCAGAGCGUACUUACCUUGAUUGUAACAGAACCAAUUGUCAGUGUUUUAAAAGCGUAAUUGCAGAAGAUUUAGCAAUUUUUAAAAAGAAAGGGAUCAGCCGGAAAUUAAUUAAAAAUGCUAAUGAAAGGGGAAUAUUAUACCAGUUAAUAAACGGACGCUUAUAUCGUGAAAAAGAGUGCAUGUUUCCCUCCAGAUGUGCUGGAGUGGAAUAUUUCAUUUUUAAAGUUAUCGGAAAUUUAUCAGACACAGAACUCGUUAUCAACACUCGUGAUUAUCCUCAAUCUAGUAAACAUCUGGGUGAAAUCUUACCUGUAUUUUCAUUCAGCAAGACCCCACAGUAUUAUGAUAUUACGUAUCCUGCUUGGGCUUUUUGGGAAGGUGGACCAGCUAUUUCACUUUACCCACGAGGACUUGGAAGAUGGGACCAACAUCGAACCUCUCUAAAUAAAGCAGGUUUGGAAAUUCCUUGGGAGCUUAAGAAGGGGAUUGUCUUUUUUCGUGGAUCACGAACAAGUUCUGAAAGAGACAACUUAAUCCUUUUAAGCCGAAUUAGACCAAAUCUUGUCGAUGCACGGUAUACAAAGAAUCAAGCCUGGAAAUCUGAAGAAGAUACAUUACAUGCUCCACCAGCUGCUGAGGUUGCAUUAGAAUCGCACUGUGCCUAUAAGUAUUUAUUUAAUUAUCGUGGAGUUGCUGCUUCCUUUCGACACAAACAUUUGUUCCUGUGUCGAUCACUGGUGUUUCAUGUAGGUCACGAGUGGAAUGAAUUUUAUUACAAUCUUAUGAAACCAUGGAUUCAUUACAUUCCAGUACCAAAAGAUGCUAGUCAAUCUGAGCUUGAAGAGCUGGUCCAAUUUGCAAAAGACAACGAUGAAAUUUCAAAAAAGAUUGCUCAUAGAGGUAGAGAUUUUAUUUGGGAAAAACUUCGAAUGACUGACGUUAUUUGCUACUGGAGAAGAUUACUUAAAAUGUACAUCAAACUAUUGACGUACAAACCAACAUUAAAACAGAAUCUCAUUGAAGUAUAUAAUAAGUUACCUUAAGGUGGAUAAAAUUGUAAUAAGGAAAACCUUACGUUAGUGACAUUGUCGUUUAAGUUGUCUUUACAAUGUUCAGGUACACC